AUGGAUAUUGAACCUAGAUUUCUGACAAAACGUCGUGUUAUGAGAAAAAUACAUUUUGAUGAAAAUAAUGACGAUGAAGAAAAUGUAAUAAAUGCAGAAGCGCAAGCAGCUGAGGAGGAGUCCUUUAGAGUUAAAUAUUUUCUAGUCAUGAUAGAUGUAGCGAUUGCUUCACUAACCAAAAGAUUUGAGGAUUUGAAGUCAUUUGAAAGUAUAUUUGGUUUCUUGUUCAACUCCGAAAAAUUGAAGUCUUUGGAUGAUAAAGAACUUAGAGAAUGUUGCACUAAAUUUUCAAAUACGUAUUCUCAUGUUAGCUCGUCAGAUGUUAAUUUAGAUGAUUUCUGUUCUGAAUUAAGAGUGCUUCAAAUGACUUUACCAAAUAGAUUAAUGUCAGCAGAUGAGAUUUUUGAUUUUGUUAGAGCUGCAGAUUGCUAUCAAAAUGUGUCCAUUGCUUAUCGAAUCCUCUUAACUGUUACUGUUACUGUAGCAUCUGCUGAAAGAAGUUUUUCAAAACUAAAAUUACUAAAGAACUAUUUGAGAUCAACUAUGUCACAAGAGAGAUUGAAUGGCUUGGUCAUGUGCUGUAUUGAGAAAGAUAUGUUGGACAACAUUGAUCUUGACACUAUUAUUAGUGAUUUUGCCUCUAAAAAUGCUCGAAGGUGUCGCUUCUCUUGA